GAUAUGUUGGACAGUGUUUCGUAACACCACUAUAUAAAGCCGAGUAGUUUCUACAAGUUUUAGUGUCAAUCGUAAGCUUCUCAGGAAAUAGACCUGCAAUGUCUCGAAUCGUUCUUGUUCUACUCGUCGCCCUGGCAGUAUUCUCUGCUAGUACUUCCGGUCAACAGUGCGGUGUGAACGAAGAAUUCAAGAGCUGUGGAUCGCAAUGUGAACCUUCGUGCGCCCAACCCAAGAUUGAUUUCUGCACAUUCAACUGUAAGAUCGGCUGUCAGUGCAAGGAUGGAUUCUUGAGAAACGACGCGGGAGCGUGUGUCUCUCCUGAAAGUUGUUAAUACCGUCACCGAAGGCACGAAAAAAUGUUUCUAACAAUUUUUCUGGAUGUUAUUUCUCUAUUCUUCGCUAUUAUCGUCCGAUGUUGUUUUUGCUGAAUCAAGAUUCAAAAUGAAAUGUAAGAAAAUAUAAAUAAACAAUUGUUAACUUAAA